CGCGAAGAGAGACCAUGGCGGCGAACAAGCUCUGGAAGACGGCGCCCACCAAGGUGUUCAAGACCAUCAAGCCCAUCGUGCACUGGGGCUUCGUGCCGCUGGUCGUGUACAUCGCGCUCAAGCAGGAGCCGGGCCUCACUCUGAUGCAGAUUAUCAACCCGUUCGCGGCGCCCGCCGAGCCCCCGAUGUAGAGCGACGUCAGUGCAGCGAGGCGCCUCAAAGGACCGAAGUUCCAGCGGAGUUUUAGAGCGAGAGAGCUGUCCAAGACUCGCUAGAAGGAGGAGAAAUUGAGUGCGACUCACUGGCCGAAGAUGAAUUUUAGGUUGGGCAGAUGCCAGCCAGACGCAGUUGAGUUGACUGGCUGGCUGGCUUUCUGUCUCUUUUUGUUCUCUUAACUCUCUCUCUUUCUUCUCUCUUUUUUAGCAU